AUGUCUUCGUUCAGCUCUGCACCAGGUGACAGCGCUGAAGGCCAAGACAGUCGCAAUGCCUCGCUCUCGGCAAGCUCGCAGGCGUCUUCAUCGGACGUUCGCAGAACUUCGCGUCUCUCGAGUACCGCCGGUAUCUUUGACCUUGAUGACGAUGUCAGCAUCGAUGGAGGCUCAUUCAGCAGCGGCAGCGGUGGUGGUGGUGGUGGGCGUAGAGCUAGCAACACGCGCGUCUCGUCCCUUGGCAGCGGCUCGCAUCGUGAAUCUUUGGGCGAACGUGGCAGUCGCAACCUGUUUGACGUGGAAGAGGAGGAUGCCAACCCGACUGCUGUGUCUUCACCGUUACCGACAUCCAACUCGAGCUCCUCCAGCAAGGCGGCUGCUCGAAGCCAGAUCAGCGUAGAUACCUUUGUCUCAGCGACGCAGUUCACAGAUCCCUUCAGCCCAGCAGCUCGCACCAAAACCAGCCCGAGCAACGACGACAGGUCACGAAAGAGCGGCCCCCCCUCCUCUUUUCUCGGCGACGACGACGCUUACGAUCCUAAGUCUUCGCCUUCUCCUUCCAACCUCAGCCCUUCCGCUUCGUCUCCGCUCAGCACCGCAGCCAGAUCCACCUCGGACAGAAGCAACAGCUUGCACAGCAUCGUCGAGCUGGGUGGCCCUUCUUCGCUCUCCUCCUCCUCGGGCUCAGCUGCAGGCAAACACAGCCGCUCGGAUCAAUCUCCCUCUCCAACACGCACUUUCAAGCAUUCGCGCGUCACAUCUAGCGAACCCUAUACAUCAACUGCGGCAGCGCCUCAUACAUCCUCAUCAUCGCCCUCGUCAUCCGCUGAGGGCUUCUCUGCUGCAGCUGGCAAGAGCUCAUCUCCCACGCAUCCAACCCACGACGUCUCGCAGCCUCCCAUCUCUACCACUGGCAACACUACCUCCGCUCAUGCAAGCACAUCGCCUCCGCCAGCUGCCCCUUCGUUGAGCAGCCCUCCACCGCUCGGCUUCUCCCUCAGUCCACCUUCAGCCGCUCUCAAGGCGCUGACUCGCAGCUCUUCCAAGAGAAUGUCGUUCGACACGGCGCCGUCCUUUUCGAGUCCGCUCGCCUUUGCAUCCAUUCUGCCCAAUGACGACGAUAUUAACGAUGACGACAUGCUCAACGACAAUGGCGGUCGCACUCCCUCGUCAUCCAACAACGCGCCAAAGGGCAGCGACACGAAUCGUUCCAAUUCGGAACCAGCAGUAUCACCACCAACAUCAGCCACGGCAAUUCGACGCACGUACGGCUCGGCGUCCUCUUCUCAGGGGAGCCAUACCCAAUCUCUCUCGCCCACCUCGCCUUCCUCCGUCUCAUCCACUUCUUCCCAGCCUGGCCGUCGAGAGCUCAGGCAAGCAACAUCCGAUUCGGCUGCACCCGACACGGUAGACGAACCUAUGCACCGUAUGAGCCUUGAGCAGCAAUCAGCUGUACGCAAAGACACCGCCAGUACAACAGGAUCGGCAGCCGACCUCGCUGGUACAUCGCCUCUCGCCAAAACGUCGCUACGACUAGAUCGCGAUCGAUCUGCUUCCAACCCACUCCACAGAGCCGUCACUGGAGCAUCCAAGCUGAAACGAACACCUUCGCGUCACUCGCCCUUCCAAAGCAUCAAUGCGGCGGCAGCAGCAGCAGCAACAGCAGAUGACGACGUAUCCUCAGUAGCUUCGGAUGAUUUCGCGACCACUGGCUCCAACUUGACGCGCAAGUCGUCCGUCUCGAGCUCGAGCGGGUCCAUGGGACCUCCCCCUCUUCCACGCCGCGUUGGAGGAGGCGCCGUUGGCUCGCCUGUCCUCGAGCCUGUCGAUCGUCCAGCGAUGGGCAAGCGCAAGGACGACUCGUCCCUAGGACUCGGCAUCCCUUCCAACCCUUCUCCACUUUCGUUUGGCGCAUCAUCGUCGUUCUCAUCGACGACGUCCGGUCUGCCAGCCUCGAGCUCGUUCCACUCCGGCUCGCCUACGAUCGGCUGGGAAACACGUGGUAGUCGAACCGGUUCAGGCGCCUUUGCACCAUCCAGCUUUAGCGGAUCUGCCAACAAUACACCUUCCACCGUCACAGGCGGAGGCAGCGCCAUCAUGCAUUCGGCGCGUCGCAGGCGCAUGACCUCGUCGUCGCUCAACUCGAGCAUGCAUCGACGCGCCCGCUCCCUCGGUGGGGUCUUGCUAGGUGAAGGCGCCAUCUCGCCCGUGGGAGGUCCCGAUGGUGUGGAUCCUAACCUGGUCGCCGCCAUCGAAUCAGGCAGCCCCAGCAUCCCACUUCCCGUCCCCAUUCCUGCCACGUCCGCUUCUCACCGUUCCAGCAGCGUCAGCUCAUCGGGCACGCAAGGCGGUGCUGCCUCCUCGUUGUCGAGCUCUGGAGUUGGCCCUUCGUCGGUUCCCUACAGCUCAUCCCUUGCUGCUAGAGCGUCUCAGCAUCGCAGGCGAGACUCUCAGGUCAUUGAAGAUGAAGACAGCCUAAGGUUCGAGCCAGUCGGUGCAGCUUCACCUAGUCAGACAAGAUCGCGAGUUCGCAGCCAGACGCUGGGAUUACCUUCUUCUUCCGGUGCGCCUGCAUCCGCGCAGACGGCAGCGCUCGACGCACAUUCGAGUUCACCAGGACCGAGCCCAUCGGGUAAGAAUGCUGGGUCCAUCGGUCUUGCCGACGCCAUCCGCUUGCAACGUGUGCCGACAGCUGUGCGCUUGGCGGGAGACCUCUUUGUACCGCCGUCGCCGUCGCCACGCACCAUGCCCAAGAGCGCGUCCACCUUGUCCAUCGAGUCGCCUUUGAGCAAGUGGACGGCGGCAUCGAGCUCAAACACUCAGCAGCCGAGCCCAUUGACCAUGGGCGGCCCUAACCAAGGCCAUGGUCUCGGCCUUGGACUCACCUCAGACGCUGCUCCACCAUCCACUCCCAGUACUCGCCUCAACGUGCCACAGACACCCAAUGCCACGCGCAGCAACUCGCCCUUGGCGUAUGAAUACUCGUCCGGCGCGGAAGACUCUGAUGCUUCGGGACACGCCUCGCCCGCCAUGGAGCACCUCAGAACGGAUGAGAUCGCCAUGCCCGGCCAUGACAGCCGCGGCCAGCCUCUAUCGGUCUCGAUCCCCGUCAGCCGCAACUAUGGACCACCUGCGAGUCUGCCAGGCUCUGCUAUUUUAGGAUCUAGGUCUCCCACCGUCGUACCACCCUCAUCUGAUCUUCUUGAUGUUCCCAGCAGCGCCUCGCGGCGUGCCGGACUGCCAGCCAGUACGAGCGCCUAUUCGCCUCUGCUUUCUCUAAGCACGUCGUCCGCUCGAACGAGUCCGACCGCCGAACGACGUCCGAUCCUUUCACCCAGUCGAUCAGCUACACAGCACAUGUCGUGGGGAGCCCAAGAGCUGUUUGACAGUUUGCAAGAAGCUCCAGGUGGUGGCGAUGGAGGCGAUGGUGAUGACAAGCAUCCAGGCGAGGACAAGCCAGCACCUUGGAUCGCCUCCACGCAGGAUACACACGGGAAGGCGUCUCUCGCAUCCGAUGCUGCGCCGUCGAGUCGAAGAAGGCUGACGCAGGGCAAUCUAUCCACCUCGGUGGGCUCGAACGCCUUGCUCGCCGUCCCUGGACCCUCUCGACGCUUGCAUCGACCAAGCGAUGCGGCGCUCUUGGCUCCUGGCGCCAUCUCGCCUGCAGCUGCCUACCCGUCGAUGUCUGGCACCGACGAGUACGCUCGCAUCAUCGUCCAAAGUCGCAAUGCCAAGAUGCAAAAGUGGCGAGCGCAGAAUCUUUCGCGCCUCGGCCCACAGCAAUCGGGGUAUCGCAAGGACUCGGCAGGUGUGGAGACGGCAUGGCCAUCGCAGAAUCGAUUCGAACAAAAACAGGCCGACGUUCCCCUGUCGUCAGGACAGACGAGUCUGGCUCGCAGAGGCACGACUAUUGGCCUGCAGAGGGAUUCAGGCAUCCCUGGAGCUCCCUUGCCGACGCGUCGCGGUUCAACAGCCGACUCCAACGACAGCAUCGAAUCGCAACUGGACGAGGAGGAGGAUAGCUCGCGAGGACUCGAGUCUUCCGCAUUUGCCGAGUUCGAAUGGGUCGAUUGGCUCGACGAGUAUCGCAAAAUGAAGGAAGCCAAGCUGCGGUCCGAGCGCGAGGAGGCUGAGGCGCAGGCAGCCGGCAAGACAGGGGCAGAAACCGAUGCGGCCGCUACUUCUGAUACCAAACGCUCUGCAUCUACGAAGGAAGCAGCAGAUACGCCCAUGUCCUCUCCUCCACGCAGAUCUGGCAGCGAGGCGGCCGACAACGGACGUGUCUCUGCUCUGCAAAAGCAGCCAGCCGAUGGACAGCGCUCCGUGUCGGAUCCUCUCAGCCGGCAAAGGCUGCAGACCGCCGAACCUGCUGACACGGAGCAAGAUGCCAUUGAUGCAGAAGAAGUGGAAGCGUCUCUUGCCGCGCUGAGUCUCAACAACGACGCCAAUCAUGCUCCGUCUAGCGCGCUUCGUGCAUCCAAGUCGGCGCACCUGGGUCCCGCUCGCAGACCGGAAGCAUUUUCGCGGCAGUCGACUCGACAAGGCUUGAGCCAGCAGCGCAGCUUUUCGCUCGCCAGUGCCGAACUGUCCCAGCGUCAAGCCGGUCAAGGCGCGCUCUCCUCCCCUUCUGGUCCUCCUAAACCCCACUACUCACCUGUCAAGCGGUUGGGCACGGACAAAACCAAGAACCUCUCGCUCUCGCCCAUCACGAGCCGGGUCACGCCGUCCGCAUCAUACAGCAGUGCAGUUGGAUCUGACUCAGCGCAGGUGCACGCACACGCUGCUGGGCGCGGGCGCCGCAAGCAUCUCGGUGGCAAGAUCGAGGCGUGGUGGAGCGCCGUCAAGUCGGGCUUCACCGUUCCAGCGGGUGAGGGUUGGUCCAAACCCAUGACCACCGCUUCUCCGCGCGCCAACGAUUCUGCUUCCCGCACCGGCUCGGUAGCUGCCCUCUCCCAGUCUCUGUAUCAGAGUCCUUCGGCUGCAUCCGCCCGUCAGCCUGGCUUCAACCACACUCGCCGCGAUGGUCCGCGUGCGGCACCAUUGUCUUCGUCGUCGAUGACGAAUCCCGCCAUUGCGAUGCCAUCACCCACGCUGGUCACACAGGUGCAGAGCGGUUUUGGCCGUCAUGUGCGCUCGCAGACAGCCAACACCGCGAUGAGUGGGUCUGACUCGGUCCGAACGCUGCGCCCGAGCACAUCGGCGCAGAAUCUGGGCAAGGACAAGGAAGCUGGCAGGCGAGAGCAGCAGGACGAGAUGGAAGGCUCCGGCGACCACAGCGACCGUAGAUCCGUCUCACCGGGUGCCGACGCCAGCUUUGUGACGGUGCAAGAGGAACCCUCAGGCUUGGAGCAGCCCAAGUCUGCCUCCUCUCAACUGAGCCAAGAGACGCAUCUGACUGCCAGCAGUGGCAGCAAAGACGGCGGCCGACGACGUCACCAGCCCAAGCUAUCGCUCCAGCUCGAGAAGGGUCUCUCUACCUUUGAUGCCGAGGAGUUUGACAAGAUUGGCAAAGGCAAGUCACCCUCGAAUUCGUCCAAGCUGAGCAGCCCAACCAAGCCGCCCGUCUCUGCACGAUCUCAGGACAGCACCGGCAGCGCAAAGGAAGUCAGCAGGUCGCUCGAAGCCCAACCUGCACCGCAGCACGCCGUCACGCCACGCACAUCGUCGUUGCAGCUGUCGAAAGCGUGGGAUCCAAGUCCGAGUGUUUCGCACAAGCUUUCGCAGGACGAGGUAGGGGAUCGCGACGCCAACCUCGGAUCGGACAACGAGGGCCGUGCUGCCGCUAGAGCCCGAGCUGCAUCCAAAGCUAUAACCAUCAACUCGAUUCGUCAACACAUUCGCCAUCGCCUUCUCGCUUCCAAGGAGAGCUGUGAUCGAGAGCUGCGUCGCAUCGUGGGUGCCAUCAACAAUUACGUCGAGCUCGAGCUCGAGCGACAGGAAGAUGAAGGCCGACACAGCGUCAUGGAUGACGAUCGCGAUGUAGAAGAUCUGGAAGAAGUCUUCGUCAAUGAUGCAGAUGAUGCUGAAGCCGGCGUGUCGGCUUCGUUGGGAGUCGAGGAGGGUGAAGAGGCGGCAAGGACGACAGCGUCGGUGUCAAGAUCUGUCUCCAUGUCACGUGGUACGAGCGACUCCUCGUCGUUCUCUGCGGGUGCUGCUGCUGCCGCUGCUGCCAUCACUGGCACUGCAGCCAGCGCCACGCAUCACAAAGAAGUCGACGGCAACGCCAUCGCAGUCGAUCCGGACACUGAGUCGCACUCGCGCUCUCCGUCAGGCUCGCUUUUCACCUCACCGACCCUCGGUGGACUGCGAGAAGCAGCAGCAGUGCGGUCUGCGCGCGAAUACAAGCUGCCCGCUCCGCCGCCCGUCAACCUUGCAGCUGCCACGGCAACCUCCCCGCGCACUGUCAGCACCGCUUCGGCGAAUCCAGCCAAGCCGUCCAACCUCAAUCCGCUCAGCCGCGCUCAAUCGAUCAGCCGCUCGGCAGGUCGUUCGUUGUCCAACUCGCGUUCCACCUCGCGCGCGCACUCGCCCAUGCCCAGUGCGAUGUUGGCCUCGGCCGUCUCAGCUUCGUCUGGAUCGCCCCGCCUGUCUCCCUCGCGCAGAACACGUGCGCUGCCAAACGAGGAGCCCGGUCCUCAGCCGUGGGUGCAGCCGUUAGAAGAGCUGGUGGCUGUGGCGAUGGAGGUGCUCGAUGUCUCCAUCAACUCGCUCAUCGCACGCCCUGGUUCGUGCUCUCAGCUCAUCGCUCGCGUCCAGAGCAUCGGUCGCUUCUGGGACGAGCACCCAGAGUGGGCAGGCCGUGGCUGGUUCAUUCAGAUUCUGCUUGCUGUAGCUGGGCUUAGCCGUGUCGUCGAAUGGUGGGAGGCUGAGAAAGGCUUCUGGAACUUCAACGACGAUGACGAGCAGGAUGCUGAGCCGAUCCGCUUCAUUCUCGGCGGCCACGGUGGCGGCGACGUGUCAGCUGAGACGGCCGAACAAGAUCCUGGUAAGUCACCAGCCUUCUGGCUGCCUUCGACGGCGAGCAGUCCCACUCGAGCUCGUGCCUUCUCUGUGGCACCCAUCGACGUCACGACCAUCACUCGCGGCUCGACCAGCGGCACCAACUCGCCUGCUUCCGGUCUGAUGAGGCGAGAUAUGGAACCAGCUCAAGACGUCGUGCAAAGAAGCUCUUCGCCUACCAAGGACGCUACUGGGUCCGCCCCUCCCACCGACGCAGACUUCGAAGAUGCGGAUGCGGACGGCGACAUGACCAUUGUCGAUCGCGCUGGUCAGAUUCCGCAUCGCCAGUCUAGCACAGAGCGCGACAGGAGAUCGGACACAGUCGCCGUUUCGGAGGAGCAGAUGGAGGAGCAAGAUCAGGACUUGGCCGACCAGUUCGAUGCAGCAUCUGAAAGCAUCAAGCCAGCAUCGCAGCAAGUCUCGCAGAACUUCCGAUCAGCCGGCAUCAACGUGCUCAUGGAAUUGAGCAUGGAUGACCAGCGCCUUCUCUACCUGAGUCCUGCAUGGAAGACGGUGCUCGGCUCGGAUCCUGCCGAGCUGUACGACACCCCGAUCGAGGACUUGCUGGCCCCUGGCGACGGUGACGUGUUUGCUGAAGCCUCUCGGCAGCUUGCCGCCAACCAGUCGCAUACGGUGGAAGCCGUCUUCCGUCUUCGAGUGGAAAAGUCGCUCGCCAGCUCGUCUUCCUCCUCGGCCUCGUCAUCCGACAGCAGCGAUGCGGUUUACUUUCAAGAAAUGGAAGGCAAAGGCAUGCUCAUGAUCGACCGACAGACCGGGAACUCGUCGCACUCGAUGUGGGUCUUCAAAGCCACCGGACCGCCUGAACGCGAAGACCAGCUGCCUGACGUCGGUGUCGCCAAAGGCGCACGUGCAAUCGGAGCCGUGCUGGACGAGCCCACUGCUGCGUUGGCCCAGGUCGCUUCCAUCUCGGUCGAGCCAGUGCUUUGCCGCAUCUGCGAGCGAGACAUUCCCGCCUGGUUUUUCGAGAAGCACAGCGAGAUCUGCAACGAGACGCACCGACUCGAUAUGGAGAUCGGCGAAUGCAACGAGGGUCUCCGCGAGCUGCGUAGGGCCAUCCAGGAUUUGCACAACCGUCUCGAGAGCUUCACGGGUAACAACGCUGAGCAGCCGUUGGAGUACCGCGGUGUGGCGAUCACUACGCCUCCUGCAUCGAACCAGCCACCCUCAGCGCUCGAGGGCCUCAACCGCUCCAUCUCGCAGCGCCAACCCGCUCCCGCCUUCGUGCGCAAGCAGCACCUGCGCGCUCUCGAUGCAGCCGUCGAGGUGCUGCAGACGGCUUGUGACAUCUCGACACCGGCGAUCAAGGACGAGUUUGCCAAUGAGCCCAUCGAGAAGCAACGCCUCCUCUCUCCCACCUCGGAGAACAAGGUGGUCACCGUCCAGCAGUGGCGACGCCCGGCACUCGAAGACACGGCCUUGGAUCUGCUGAUGGUGGAUGUCGAAACCGCUAUGCGAAGCAAGCUCAGCGCCGUCAACCGCAUGCUCAACACCAUCGUCUACGUCGAGACGGUGCGACAAGAAUGGGAGGAGCGAGUUGAGGCUGCGCUCGCAGCACUGUCGGAAGCGGACGAAGGUUCUGGCAGCUCGCGUGGAUCGUCGGCGUCGGCCUCUGAUUCUGGUUCUGACGACCGUGUAGACGAGGCCGGCGACACGGGCACGGGACUAGGUCUCGAAGUUCCGCAGGCGCAGCUAGGUGCUACGGACCAAGGCGACUCGCAAUUAGCAAGUAUCGGGCCGUCGAUGGCCACCGCCGUUGCGAUGCAGCGAAGUUCCAGCUCCUCAAGAGGCUUAUCUGCGGAAGGAUUCGGCGCGUCUUCCUCUCUGGGUCUGUCGUCGCAUCUCGCUCCUCACACGCCAGACUCGCUCGUUCGGGAAAAAAGCUCACACAGCCGCCUGGCUUCCCUUGCCGACAACGAGGCCGAGGCAGAGGAGGAAGACGACGAUGACGACGUCGAGGACGGGUUGCUCUCGGGAUCGAUGCUCAUGGAACAAGAUGACCGAGACCUGCCAGCUCCUCCUUCUGCCCCCUUCUCGGCGGCAGGCGGCGCAACACCAGAUGAGGACGACAUUCCAGCAGUCGACGACAAGAUGGGAGGCUCGUCGCAUCUCGCACCCAUCCCGAUUCCUCGUGGCGCCGCAAGCCUGGCACCGCCUCCGUCGAGCGACUUGCUCGCGCCGCGAUCUGUAAGCGGCGCGAAUGCGACAGCGCUCUCGGUGCCGGCUGCUGGACCACCGCAGCGUCGUUCAUCCAGCCGUCCUCGGCGAUCCUCUCACCUGCCUCUCAUCUCGGACGGUCUAUCAGGCACACCGCCGCUCUCACCUCACCUCUACGGGGAAUCGCUGGGUGUGUCGCAUCGACACAAUCGCAAAUUCAGCGUCUCGCACAAGAGCCCGAUGGCCGGCUCGAUGCCACUCUCUCCAAGAAUCCCUCCUGCAGCUCCUUCGUCCCGGCCGACGGCAUCGUCGAUCAAGGACUUUGACAUUCUCAAGCCGAUCAGCAAAGGUGCGUUCGGCAGCGUCUUCCUCGCCAAGAAGCGCACGACCGGCGACUACUACGCGAUCAAGGUGCUCAAAAAGUCAGACAUGAUCGCCAAGAAUCAGAUCACCAACGUCAAGGCCGAACGCAUGAUUCUCAUGACGCAGAACCAGUCUCCGUUUGUGGUCAAGCUCUUCUUUACGUUCCAGAGCGCAGAGUUCUUGUACCUGGUCAUGGAGUAUCUGCCUGGCGGGGAUUGCGCGUCGCUCUGCAAGGUGCUGGGAGGGUUGUCGGAGGAGUGGGCGCGGCAGUACAUUGCCGAAGUGGUGAUCGGACUGCAGCACUUGCACUCGAAAGGUGUGGUGCAUCGAGAUCUCAAGCCGGACAAUCUGCUUAUCGAUCAGAAGGGCCACCUCAAGCUCACCGACUUUGGUCUCUCCAAGAUUGGUCUCCUCGGACGUCAGACGCGUCAAGUCGCGACUUCUUCCUCAACCGCCGGUGCCUUCGCUGCCCAAGCUUCUAGGCUGGACUCCAACAGCGGAUCUUUGCCGAGCUCGGCCGCCUCGUUUGCAUCGGAAGCGCGCCACCAGACUGUCUCGACACCUGCGGGCACCACCGCCGGCGACACGGCCGCCUCCUUUUCGCCGAGGACGCCCGGUCUGGGCGGCAUGAUGCGCAACCAGUCGUUCUUUGCAGGUCCACAGCGAGGCCGCAUCGUCAGCUCCUCCACCGAUGCGAGCGACUCGGGUGAGUCUGACACUCAUCGCAGCGUUCCCAAGCCUCUGCCUUCUGCACGCAUCGAUAGCCCGGGCAACCUCUUUGGUCCUCAGUCUCUUCUCAGUGACAGCCUGGGUCCUUCCUCGGGCGAGGGAGCCUCGAGCAUCCCCAAGCGGUUGGUCGGCACACCAGACUAUCUGGCGCCAGAGAGCAUUCUCGGUAUCGGUAUGGACGACUUUGCCGUCGAUUGGUGGGCGCUCGGUGUAAUCCUCUACGAGUUUCUGUACGGCGUACCGCCUUUCCACGCCGAGACGCCAGAAAAGGUGUUUGACAACAUCCUGUCGCGCCGCAUCGAUUGGGAAGAGGACUCGGUCGAGGUAACGCCGGAGGCGCGCGAUCUGAUGGAGUCGCUCAUGUGCACGGAUCCCAAGCAGCGCCUCGGCUCGGGCGGACCGGAAGAGAUCAAGAGCCAUCCCUUCUUCAAAGGCGUAGACUGGGACAAUGUCACAGCCGAGCCUGGUCCGUUUGUGCCGCAGGUAACGGAUCCCGAGUCGACCGACUACUUCGACCUGCGCGGAGCCAGUCACCAGGACUUUGACGACGAGCCUGUUCAUAGCACGAGUGAGUUCGCUCGCGCCAUCGAGGGCAACAAAUUUGUGCAGACGGGUCUGCCACCUUCGAGGAUGCGUUCGCGUCUGGAAAGGGCGUUGGCGUCGCAGAGCUUGACGCAGAACGAGGACUUUGGCAAUUUCAGCUACAAGAACUUGCCCGUUCUCAAACAGGCUAAUGACGAGGUGAUCCGCAAGAUGAGGGAGGAGCAGAUGCCAGCGUUGGCCAAGGCGCUGGAGCAGUCGGCCAUCCACGCGCGUCAUCGCAGCUUCUCGGCAAAAGGUAGACCGGCACAGCGUGUUCACUCGCAGACGCUGGCUGGACCACCUUCGCCCGCUCAGAGUGCAUCGUCGCACGGAUCGACGCCGUCGCGGUCACCCGCGCCCACGUCGCCAGCAGCGCAGGCCAUCACCUCGGCACAUCGUCGACGCACGUCGGAAGCGCCAGCGUCGUUGGCAGGAGCAAUCUCUGCAACGACACCGGAUGGUAGUGUGGCUGGUGGCAACGCCGGUCGAUCGUUCCCUUCGCCUUCGGCUGCGAUGCCCAUUGGGAUCGUCGACCGACGCCGACAGCAGCUGGUGGAGGCUUCGAGUGGAGGGGAACGACGCAAUUCGAUGCCGUCACGGCUGCGCACCAAGUCUGCGAGCCUUCUUGAUCGCCCCGCACUUCCGUCUCAUUGGCAGCAGCAGUCGCCAGUACAGGCGCAGACGCAGGUGCAGCAACAGCAGGAUAGCUCCAGAAAGCCGUCUCGCUCGACGGCGAAUGCUGCUACUGGCGGUACAGCGAGCGCAUCGGCUACCGCCUCGUCGUCGCCAACCAACGCAUUUGCGCCUCUAGCUCCUGUCUCGGCCGGAGGCACCAGCAGUUCAGACGAGAUUGCCUGUCUGAUCGCCGAGGACAAUCCGAUCGCACUGCGAAUGCUCGAGACGAUGCUGGUCAAGCUCGGAUGUCGAUGCACGGUGGUGCGCGACGGUGCUGAGGCAGUGCGACUUGCGAUGGGCGAUCACAAGUUUGCGGUCAUGUUCAUCGACGUGACGUUGCCGAUCGUAGGAGGACAGGAUGUGACACGGAUGGUCAAGUCGACGCGAAACGUCAAUUCCUCGACACCGAUCGUUGCCCUGGCUUCGUUUGACCGUGGCGAACCGAUCGAUGCUGCUGGCUCGCUGUUUGAUGCGGUCUUGGCCAAGCCGCUGGAGAAGAUGGACGUGUGCGCGACGCUGUCGCAGCUGGGGUUCACACCGACACAGGUGAGCAGCGCCAACGCAGAGUCAUCUGCGGCCAACGCCACACAGCAACAGCAGCCGAUGAUGGAAGGCACAGCCUUGUCCUUGUCGUCGGGGUCAGCGUCUGGGACGACGAGUGUGCUGCCCGAGUCGCGUCCGCUGUCGAGAAAGUCGACGUCGGCACGCAAGACACCGUCGCAGCAGCCGAUGGGAGGUGCGGGGGGCAGCAUUGCUCGAGCCAGCACUCCGCCGCUGGUUAGCACGGGCUCGCCUCACCACACGCCAUACUCGUCUUCGCCGUUGGGCAGUUCGGUGCUCACGUCACGUCACUUUGAAGCGCCUCAGCAGCAGCAGCAGCAGCAGCAGCAGUCCAAGACUAUGAUGGCGCAUUUGACAGGAGCGCAUCCACUCACGCAUUCACAGCAGAUGGGGAUGGAUCAAGAGGAGGAUCGUGAUCGCAAGCAGAGGGAUCAGGAGACGGCAGAGACGCUGAGCAAGGUUGCUGAGAGGCUGUCGCUGUCGUAG